AUGGAGGAAUUUGAGGACGAGCUCGAGCGCUACUUGGACGCGGCCCCGGCGAGUCUUUGGCCCGACUCGGAGGCCGGGAGCGACGCGGCCGCGGAGGCGCCGUCGAUCUCGCCGUGGCCGUGGUCGCGGCUGCGGGAGGAGACGCCGCCAGGAGAAGCGCCGCCACCUCCGCAAGGCCCCAGGCGCCUACUGCCUCCGGAUCCAGCUGAGGGCGAGCCGACCCGGAAGGUGCAGGUCAUGCUGCAGGUCCUGGCCUGCCUCGGGGCCAGCUCCAAGCCGGCGCCUUCGGCCGAAGGGCGCUUGGCGGAGAGCUGGGCCGCGGUGAAGCGGGAGCGCGUGAGGACGGCCUUGCGCCUGCAGCCGGCGCUGAAGUGGCGCAGGCAGACCGGCAAGGCGGUGCCCUUCUGUGCUCGCCGAGGUGUCCUGGCGGUGCUGCGCCAGAUCUUUCCCCACCGCUUCCGGGAUGAGGAUGUGCAGGUGCAGGCAAGGCAUGGGGGCGUGUCUCACAAAGACCAGGGGACUUGCCCCACUUAG